ACGAUUUGCGUAUACCCUUUUCUUCUUCCAGUCUCCCAAUCUUCUUCAACUACACCUCCAGACUUGAUUUCCAUUCUUUUCUUUGAUUUCAUUUUCUCGUCUCUGCGUCUUGAAGACACAAAUUGAAGAAAGCAUGAAACGAAGUUGAGGAGGAGGUUGUGAUUUUAUAUGUCAGAAGAAAAGACGAGACAAUGGAUUCGUGGGUAGCCAAGUACUGGCACAAACUGUUUUCUAAUAAGGAACAAGAAGCUCCCGAGGAUUCAAUUCACGGGCAAUCCGAACCGUCCAAGCAGACGGGCGAAAAUCUUCGUUUCGAUUCAGAAGAUGUUGCGAAUGCAGCCGGAGAGGGCAGUGUACGUGCUAUUGGUUUUCAAGAAAAAGGGGGUGACUAUUCUGAUGGGUCUGGACCGUCUGGUACUGUUUCUUUUGGUAGAGGUGGUAGAAGCAGGCAGCUGUCUCUUCGUGGGUAUUUUGUAAAGCAAAGUUGUAGACUGUACAGGGAACGUGUUGGAAUGGAAGAGUAUUAUUAUGUGUACAAUUCAGUUCAGUCACAGACUACAUUGAAAUUGAGGCCGUUGUUGGUGAAGGAUGGGAGCUUGAUAAUCACAAGUGCUAGCAAUAGUUUCAAUGAAUCAAAGCAAAACAUCGAAAAGUCGCCGUCUAGAACAAGGGCAGUACCAUCUCCAUCGGGUGGUGGUGGGGCAUUCCAUUCACAAGGUUCACCCAAUGGAAUGCUGCUUCUCUUUCUUGGAUUCACUUUUGGAAUAAUGUUUACAACAGUUGCUAAUAAAAGGGAAGUGGACAAUUUAAAUGACCUAUUGAAUCAGACUAAGAAUUUGGUUCAAUAUUUACAUGAGGAACUUGAGAUGAAAGAUUUGUAUAUUGUUAAGGAGGAAGGUGAUGAGGAUUUUGAAUCCCGUGGGACAAAUGAAUUUCCCUUCCUUAAUCACACACCAAUUGCAUCUUCUACUGAACCAGAAUUGGAUAAAUCUACAAAAUAUGAUCAGAAGGAGCGAGAUUAUCACAAGGCAGAAGAUUCCAAGGCAAUAACUAAAAUUGAGGCAGAGCUUGAAGCUGAACUAGAGAGGUUGGAGUUGAACAUGAAGACAUCUAGCCUGGAGAAAAUAUCCGACUAUGUUGAGCUGGAUCCCGACUUUGUAGUGGAUGUGUUUCAGGGAGAUCUGACGCCCGUCAAGGUCCAGAGGCUACCUGGUGGUUUAUCUGACUCGGACUGUGAUGCAACUGGGACCUCCUCCGAUCACACUCAUACAGCAAACUAUUCACUGUCACCUAGGGAGUUGAGCAUUCGUCUUCAUGAGGUAAUUCACCUGCAGCUUGAAGCACGCAUCAUGGAGCUCCAGAAUGCACUUGAAAACACCCAGAAGAGGUUGCAUUCCAUGGAAUCAGAAAACAUGAUCCCUCAGAAUAAAUUUGUCAAUGACAUGGAUAGACCCUUUACAAAUUUCUAAGGGGAAGCUCUAAAUGCAUUUAAUGAGGCUUAUAAAACGAUUACCGGGAUGACCAUAAAAGAUGAAGAGGCUCUGCAAGACAAUAUAUAACAGUGACUGCACUUAGAAAGAAUUGAUUCAUUUUGGCAAAAAGCUGUUUGGUGAGGGUAUGGUUAAUGGGUCCAUUUCACAAUAUGAUAUCGUUAGUGAGAGAGGGUCAAGCAAUUGAAAUGAUGAUGAGAUCAGGACUAAGGAAGAGAAGGCAUCAAGGAGCUGUGAAUCAAAUGAGACAGGCAAGAGUGAAGAUGAUGAUGAGAUGGGGAAGGUUUUGAUCGAGCGAAUUGUGUACAAGACCAGGCAAGGUUCUUCUGUGGUUUUAAACGCCCAAAGAAUGGUGUAUUUAAUGGAUGAACAAUAAAGAUCAUGAUAGAAAGAAAAAAAAAAUUACUUCUACAGUUAA